UAAAGGGAAUGAGGUAAUUACUUGUCAAGAUUGUACUGGACUAAACAACCAUGGUAAGGCGCACUGAAAUGGAGUUCAAUUGAAUGUUAAAUACUGUACUYCUUGGAUAAGGCCUUUCGUUCGGCUUUGCCCAAUUCAAUGACCCACUUUAAGGUUUUGGAUCUCAAUUCUUUGUGAAGUGAAUUUGGAUUCUCUUGGCCAGCAAUACUUCCUAUUCAGGAAGCAGACUGUAGAUGCAAAGCUCCGUCGUGGGAUAAGGUCAGGUUUGGUUGGGACUGUAUGUGUUGUCAAUUCUUUCAAGUAUUCUUGAUAUCCUUCCAACGAUAUUACAUCAAAGCUUUCCAGCACAAAACUAGAAGGAAAGAAUCUCCAAGCCUGCCCGCAUAAAGUGGAUUUCUUUCAACUAAAGAAUUCAACCAUGAACUAUACCAAUUCAACACUGAGCUACGGACGACCCCCGUCUAUCCCUCCCGCAUACAUACUGGACAGAGUGUGGGCAUAUGUUUUCGUUGGUAUCUACGUCCCUCUCAGUAUUGCUAUCACCUUGGGUAACGCCCUGGUUAUCGCUGCUUUCUUCACCACACCUAAACUCAAAACAAAGACCAACUAUUUCAUCGUGUCGCUGGCGGUGGCCGACUUGAUCGUCGGUACAUUCUCUGUCCCUAUGUGGAUGUAUGUACUAGUCACGCAGGAUUUUUCGAACCCGUUGUAUAAGGCGUUUCAAGCGGUGGAUAUGGUGUCGGGUGUGUCGUCUAUUAUGCACCUGACCUGUAUCAGUUUGGAGAGGUGUUACGCUAUCAUUGCACCACUCAAGCACAUGAGAAUCAAAAAAGCUGUCCUAUAUUCAGCCAUCGUCAUGUCAUGGUCUUUAGGAAUCCUAUCGUCAGUUCUCAAGACGUCCACGGGUUCGAACAAAAAAUUUGUCGUGACAUUCGUGACGAGCGGGUUCUUCUUUACGCCGUUGCUUGUGAUUUUUAUAGCGUAUUUCUUGAUAUUUAUCACGGCCAGGAGAAGCAUUACAGCCCACAGAGGGAGAUCUUUGAAAAAGGAUCUCCACAUCGCGUACACUGUAGCUGUGGUCAUAGGUAUCUUCGUUAUCUGUUGGCUACCGUUUUUCAUCAUCUCUUUAUUAUACACGUAUUGUCCAUCGUGUACCUUCGUCUGGGACAUGCGCGUCGUCAUGACGGUCAAGAUCUUCCAUUAUUCAAACUCCGUCUUCAACCCCAUCAUCUAUUGCGUAAGAAACAGACGGUUCUACUUGGCUUUCGCGAGGAUCUUGCGUAACCCUUUAAUCUGUAAGGACAAUAGCUCGAAUGACGAAUUGGAUUCGACGCGUAUGAAUUACAAAAUGACCAAUCGAAAGAAGAAUAUGAAUUGCAAUGGUCAGGAUGAAACUUGUCGCUUGACUGUACGAUUUAAAGGGGCACUUGGAUGAAAACACCCCGAUUUUUGAAAAUCCGAAUAAGUAUUUGAGGACAAUAUGACUUAAUUAUAAUUAUGAAAAUCAGAUAAGUGAAGGUUUUAGCCUGGGAGACACUCGCUGUUGAGAUAUUUUGGGUUAAAAGCGAAAAGAACAAUAGGGUUGAGUAAAUGACGUCAUUUACUCACAAUUUAGAUACUGAAUAAAAUUGAUAAUUUUCUCCCGCCACUUUUGACUGUGAAGGAAGCGUGUUGCUUGGCUACUAUCUGGGCAAUAUAGAUAAGUUUAAACAAGUUUAAAGUCUUUUCCAAUUUUCAUUGAUUUUCAUCCAAGUGCCGCUCUAACGGUCAAAAGAAUGGAGUUCAACUGGAAUGUAUAUUCAUACACUAAACUGAUCAUUCUGGGCGGGUUGGAAUAUGACUGUCAUCCGGAGUGUUUUCAAGAAGAGUGGCUGUUACAUAUGAAGCCUGUCUAUAGAUUUUACAUUUAACACUUAUUUACUGGAACCGAGGGAAACAAUUUGUUUGAAGUCCCGAGACGGCGAUGUUUUCCGAGACGAAUUCUUUGACUUACACUGGAAAAGUUAUUCAAUCAAUCGAUCAGUCAACUUUUUUUAAGGAAGGUGACACGUAACACAGUAACAAAUCUGUUACCCUCCAUCUCCAUAUUGGUGCCCGCUGAGAACCGUUGCCUGGGAAACAUCGAAACCCGUUCACGUUCACGUGAUACGCUCUCGCCCAAUCAGAGUAUGAGAAAAAUGGACUUUGACUGUUGGAAUAUGAAAAUAAUCUUUAUUCUUAUUUUUAAAAUUCCAAAGUAGUGCGACUAGCCACCCAAACCAGACCUCAAGAUCUGUCCCCGCGUAAGUCUCAAUAACUUGAGCAUUAUUUCUUUCUUUACCAAAACGCUUUAUAAUAGAUUAUUAUUAGUGAAUUUUAACAUAGAAGUAAGGAAACGACACGUGAUCUGAAAUGGAAAAAUAUUUCAGUUCGCCCUAACUACGCAUGACUUAACGUUACCAAUAUUAGGAAAACGCCUUUUUGGCGCGAUUCAUUGUUAUAUAAUCCUCAGAGUCCCAAGAUAUUGUACAUAAAAAGUGUAGUUAAUUAAUUAAUAACGAAAUAACUGAUUGGUUUUGAGAUUAGUUGCUUAUUAGGGGCGAGGUCAAAACAAUGGUCCAAAAUAGGGACCCGAUUUUAUGAAUUAGGUUGAUGGGUACCGGUACGUACCCCCUCCCCCCUCAGAGACCUGUUCAAAUGCUCGAUACUGGGGGUCCGUAGUGGCAAUUUCUAUACACAAAUAUGCUUGUAAGCAUACAUUCAGASAGACAGUCCAUUYAUUUCUGUGAUUUGGCUUUUAGUUUUGGAGAUAUUUGGGGACAAAAUCURAGAUUUCACUUCCAGGGGUGGUGGGUACCGGGUAACACCACCCCUCCCCCCUAAAUAUGGUCCCGUAAGAUGACAAUUGUUUUGCCCUCAUCCCUUAGGUAUUCCGAGGUUAAAUUGAGUUUGCAGUGCAUUGUGGGAUUUUUUAUAGUUGACCUAAUACACACCAUCUUGGAAAUAUGUUUCCUGGUGAAACUAGACCCACACUGUAAUGCCAAACUCGACCCAGUCUUUUCCUCAACGUGUUGAUGGCUGAUUGAUAACUUCCCUUUUAUACACAAGCUAGGUUACCUUUCAACAUGGCCGCCAUYAUUCGAUACCUUGUAUUUGUAUGACUUAUUAUUUUUGAGCACACAAUAAACAUAAAAGGCACGCGACAGUUUCA